CACUUCACUUUCCCGGAGCUCAGUGGGAGGUGCGAAGGCUAAAGGAGUGUGGCGGGCGGCUCUGGGAGCCAACAUGCCUCGGUAUGCGCAGCUGGUCAUGGGCCCCGCGGGCAGCGGGAAGAGCACCUACUGUGCCACCAUGGUCCAGCACUGUGAAGCCCUCAACCGGUCUGUCCAAGUUGUAAACCUGGAUCCAGCAGCAGAACACUUCAACUACUCCGUGAUGGCUGACAUCCGGGAACUGAUCGAGGUGGAUGACGUAAUGGAGGAUGAUUCUCUGCGAUUUGGUCCCAAUGGAGGAUUGGUAUUUUGCAUGGAGUACUUUGCCAAUAAUUUUGACUGGCUGGAGAACUGUCUUGGCCAUGUAGAGGACGACUAUAUCCUUUUUGAUUGUCCAGGUCAGAUUGAAUUGUACACUCACCUGCCUGUGAUGAAACAGCUGGUCCAGCAGCUUGAGCAGUGGGAGUUCCGAGUCUGUGGAGUUUUUCUUGUUGAUUCUCAGUUCAUGGUGGAGUCAUUCAAGUUUAUUUCUGGCAUCUUGGCAGCCCUGAGUGCCAUGAUCUCUCUAGAAAUUCCACAAGUCAACAUCAUGACAAAAAUGGAUCUGCUGAGUAAAAAAGCAAAAAAGGAAAUUGAGAAGUUUUUAGAUCCAGACAUGUAUUCUUUAUUAGAAGAUUCUACAAGUGACUUAAGAAGCAAAAAAUUCAAGAAACUGACUAAAGCUAUAUGUGGACUGAUUGAUGACUACAGCAUGGUUCGAUUUUUACCUUACGAUCAGUCAGAUGAAGAAAGCAUGAACAUUGUAUUGCAGCAUAUUGAUUUUGCCAUUCAAUAUGGAGAAGACCUAGAAUUUAAAGAACCAAAGGAACGUGAAGAUGAGUCUUCCUCUAUGUUUGACGAAUAUUUUCAAGAAUGCCAGGAUGAAUGAAGAGUUUACUAAAAGUAACCAUCUAUACGUAAAGAGCUUGUGGCCAAACCAGCAGAACAUGCUUCUCUUCAAAGGAUGCAAUAGUAGAAAGCUACUUAUUUUAAUGAAAAAAGUAAUACUUCAUUCUUUAUCAGCCGCAUGCCUGAAUCAAAUUUUUAAUUAUUCCAAAACUGCUGCUGUUUAAAGUGGAAUCUUUUAGUAUUAUAACAGCAUCACUUUAGAUUUUAUAAGUAAAAAUUGAAAUGAAUGCACAUAGAUUUAUAUAUAAAUUAGCACCUGAGCUAAGGUUAAGGCUAGUCUAAACUUAUUUUCACUUUCUGUAUUAUUUUUGAGAUGCAGGAAUUACUGUAACCAAAUAUGUAUGUCCGAAGGGAAAAAGCUACAAGGAUGUACAUAAGACCAUUGCUGAUCUGUAUCUUCCCAUUUUCCUAUAUUGAAAAUGUAUAUUAUUUAUAUAACUUAAAAAGUAAAAAUAACUAUGUUUUGAGAUGUGUAUGUGUAUGUAUAAAAGAAACAGAAAGGUUUUUAGUGAUUCUUGGACCUAGAUAACAAGUA